AAGACCAAAGGACUCUCCACAGUCCUCCACUCUCAGCUGCCAGACCCCUCUGAGCCAGGACGCUUUGCUUCUUCCUCUUAUUGAUCAGCACAAUACUUCUAGCGAUGGAGCCCAUUGUUAUACGCCGGUCUUCUGAACGUGUUGGUGUCGAUUUUCGCGCCCACCCCGUAGCUCGACAGAUGGUGAAGUCCUAUGCCCCCACUGUCAGCGGAGGGGCAGGUGGCCAUGGGACCAAGAUCUCUAUGGCCUACGGCACACGGGUUGGCAGCGGUUUUGGGGGUGGGUCUGACUACUUGUCCAUCAUGAAUGAGAAGUCAGUCAUGCAGCACCUGAAUGACCGCUUGGCUAGCUACCUGGAGACGGUGAGGACUCUGGAGAAGGCCAACAGCACUCUGGAGAUAAAGAUCAGGGAGACCAUCGAGAAGAAAGGUCCCUUGGAGGGAAGGAACUACAGCAAGUACAAUGCCAUCAUCACAGAGCUGAGGGCCAAAAUAUUUGACACAAUCAAGGGAAAGGCACAGCUUGCUAUCGCUCUUGACAAUGCAGGCCUGACUGCAGAAGACUUCAGACUUAAGAUGGAGUACGAGAUGGCCAUGCGUCAGACGGUGGAUGCUGAUGUGGCCAGACUCAGAAAGCUUCUGGACGACACCAACAUCGUUCGCUUGUACCUGGAGAGCGACAUUGAGUCUCUGAAGGAAGAGUUGAUCAGCCUGAGUAAGAACAAUGAGACGGAUGUUGCUGAAUUGCGUGCCAGGAUCACCGAGGUUGGUGUCCGUGUGGAUGUUGAUGCUCCCAAAGGACAGGACAUGGCCAGAAUAUUGGAGGAGAUGAGGGCUAGCUAUGAGAAGAUAGUACUGAAGAAUCAGGUGGAGCUCAAAGCAUGGCAUGAAAUGCAGAUCACAGAGGUGCAGGUCCAAGUGACUGAGAACACAACAGCUCUGAAGGAAGCCACGACAGUGAUCGCUGAAACUCGGAAGAAGUACCAGGCGAUGGACAUUGAGCUGCAGUCUGCACUUAGUCUGAAUGCAUCUCUGAAGGCCAACUUGCGUGACAUUGACAUGCGUUUCAACAUGGAGGUAGAAAAGUACAACACCGUCAUCCUGAGGCUGCAGGAAGAGCUCACGCAGAUACGCAACAACAUCCAGCGCAACACAAGAGAAUACGAGCAGCUGCUCGACAUUAAGGUGAAACUGGAGGCUGAGAUCGCCGAGUACAGGAGGCUGCUGGACGGAGGGGCGGACUUCAAACUACAGGAUGCAGUUGAUUCGAAGAUAAUCCAAACCAAAGUGGUGACAGUCACUCAGACUCUGGUGGACGGCAAAGUGGUUUCAGAGAGCAAGGACAUCCAGUCCAGUGAAAAGAUUGCUGCUAAUUAAAAACAGGGGAGAACAUAAUAAAUAAAAUGAA